AUUUCCGAAGUUCCUGCUCCUGGAGAGUGCGAAUUGGUGAGCACAUGGUCCCUUGCCCUCUGUAAGACAAGUCAGGAAGGGCUGUGCUGCAAAGAGUGGCAAAACUUGUUUUGAAAAAUGCAGUGGUUUUGCCAGGACUGAUCUUUAGUGCUUUGAUCUAUCACUUCCAAGAGCACUAUCUUCUCAGUGGACUCAGAUCACCCUCCUUGAGGGAUAUGGUCUUUUUUUUAAAAUGGAGAUGGUAACAUGUCAGGAGUAGGAAAUCAUGAAUUUUAUGUCUUGUUUAUAGUGUAUUAUAUUAUCUUUUCAUGUAUCAUGCCUUAUUUGUGAUGUAUGUAAAACCUGUGUUCUUAUUGGUUGAUUUUUGGUGCAUUACCAUGUAUGGUUAUGUUUUCCUUUAUAGUCAUAAUUUACAUGCCCCACCUUAACUCCACCUUUUGUUCCAGAACCUUCUCUACCCUACCAUAUAUAAGGCGGAGGCCAUUUUAUGUUGGAGCUUUUUUGCUUACAAUCUUUUGCCUGUUCAGUUCAGUUCCUCUUCAAUAAAGCCUUCUAGCCUUUUCACCCACAAAGUUGUGGAUCUGGCUUUCUCCUUUGUGACUUCCACAAAUGGCGCUCAAGCACAAGGCACAACUAGAAGGUCUCUGAAAUUCAAAGAACUCACCUGCUCCCCUUGAAGAAAAACUGCCACAAGACUGAACUCCAACACUCGCCACAGCUGAAUAGCAAAUCAGAUCAGAACACCUAACUCGGAGAGGCGAGCAACAACAAAAUUAUCUUUUACCUUAAGUACCCCCUUUUACUCGUCCUAGAAAAUUAAUAUCAAAAUGGAAUCCCAGCUAAAGACGAAUUGGAGUUAUAUUAUUAUCUAAAAAUUUAAUCAAGAAUCAUGGACAUUCUCAAAUCAAAAAAUCCUUAAAAGCGCUGAUGAAAUGGAUUAAUAAAAAUAUAGACCCAGUCCCAGAAACAUUAAACUGUCAAGAGUGGGACAAAAUUGGCAAAAUUUUGUGGAUGGCAAGUAAUAAUGGAGAUAAGAAAGCUUCGAAAUCUCUGAUAACAUGGACAUUAAUCCUUAAUAUAUUACAACUGAAAAAACAGGAAGAAAAACGACAAUCACAAUUUGAAAUAAUGGAAAAUAAAAAUCCAAGUCCAUGUAAUGCUUUCCCAGAUGACUCACAAGGUAAAAAUCAAAAUGGAGUCAUCUUUAGCCCCUCACGAAAAGGCGGGCUUUUUACAGACACACAAGAUGGCAAGCUUGACACUAGUUCUCAAAAUAGCGUUAAGAUCACUACUGCGUGUAACCCUUCGCAAAAUGGCGCCCCUGCUAACUCCCAAGAUGGCAUUUUAACUACACAAACAUCACCUAACACCAUGGCAACGCCUGUCCCUAGUAACACCCUAACGACGCCCAUUUUCGGCAACCCUCCGGUGACAUCAUCUUCUGGGGUGACUGACAUAAACAUCAGUCAAGGUGGUGAUGCCCAUGGCACUUCCAGCCUGCUAAAAAUAAACACCCACCAAGAUAGCAGUGUCCAUGAAAAUCAUAUUACUACUUUAACCCCUGUGAUAAAAACCAAUAAGCAGCAUGCAGAAUCCAACCUAGCCAUCAUCAAUUCUUCUCAUCAAUUCUUCAAAAAAAGUGUAAAACAUCAUGAAGAUAAACAAACUAUUAUAGAAUCAGAAAAUACAUCUACCAAUGUGUUAGAAGAUAAAAUGUUUUAUAUUUCUAAUGUAUGUUCACUAGUAGAAAGUAGUGAAUUUUAUAAUCAGGAAAUAGCAACCAUCUUCAAGUCAGAGUUUAAAACAUAUGCAUUGGGAAAAAAUGAAUCUGAUACAAAAGAAAAGAAUCAAGAUAUAGUAACAACAACAUACAAUACACAAGGCAUACAAGACUCAAACCUCCAACCAAAGGAAACAAUAACAUCCAUAGACACAGUGAAGCAAGCACAACUCAUAGAAGUAUUGAAGAAGGAGGUGAGAGCCAUACUGAUAACCGCCAAGGAGGGCUUAACGCCAGCAGAGCUGGAAGAGCAGUACAUAACCAUGAUCCACAAACCACUGCCCCUCAAAGACCUAGGCUUCCAGUCCACCCUAGAGCUGGUGACACACAUGCCUGAAGCUGUCCAAGUUUAUUCUUAUAAGAAUGGCUCUGUUAUCCUCAAAGCCAUUGUAGAUGACACCGCCAAAGACAUUGCCAAACCAGUUGCCUGUCAAAAGGGAAGAACAUGCAAGAGAACUCCUCCGAAUGUAAAUGCUACUUCUCCCUCUAAAAGCUUUAAAAAUCCACAGCGUUCCCCUUACGCAACAUCUCAAAGACCCAAAAACCAAAAGACUGAACAAAUUGUUAUAAUUACAAGCACAGUCCCCGACAAUCAAGGACUGUUAUAUGUAGAAGAAAUGGCAUAUCAUGAUGAUUAUGGAAAUCUCUACCAACGAAUCAAACAAAAACAUUUAUGAAGUGUGAGUGUAGCAGCUGCUUUUUUAGUUUGAUUUUGAAAAUGAAUAUGUUCUCAUAUAUUUUAAUAAGUAUUUCUUAUUUACCUUCAUGUGUUAUUUUUAUGUUUAAUAAUGAUUUACUUUAUUAUUAAUAUAUUUAUUGAGUUUUAUUAUUAAAGAAAAAAGAAUAACAUCACAACGAAGAAGAUAACAACUGAAGAAAACAAGGACUGCCUACAAAUUUCUGCAACAACUAGAACGAGUUACUUAACUGAAAACAACCAUUUAACCUUAAGAAUGUGUUCUCAUGCAUUUUAAUGAAUAUUUCUUAUAUAAUUUUAUAUAUUGUUUUAAUAUUUUGAUAAUUGAUUACCUGAUUUAUACUGAAAUGUUAUUGUUAACACCUUUAUUAAGUUUAUUAUUCAAGUUUCUACAGCAAUUGAAACAAACAACAUACAAAAAAUACAAGAAGUAAGAAACACAAAAGAAACAGGGAGACCAGGUCAUGCUCAUCAAAAUCCCUUGUAAGAAGUCUGAUGAAAAAUGUAGUCCAUGGAACUGAAAGUGGCGUUUAAUCUGACUUUUACAAGGUUUAACAUUAAUGUUGUAGUUGAUAAUGUAUACCUUGUCAGUAAAAAGAAAAAAGGGGGAAUAGAGAUAAUAAAGAUAAAUGACACCUGAGUAACAGUUUUAUAACAAAAAAUGGUUUUUCAUUCCUGACAAUUUUUGGUUUCAUAUAUUAAUUACUUUUUUAUUAUAAGUAUAUAUUUACUUUGAAAUCUAGAAAAAAUGUCAACUUACAGAAAUAAUUACUUACAUACUUGAACUUAUACACUGAAACUAAUUAUAUGAUUUAAACAUAUGGUUUAUUUUUCAGUUUAUACAAAUGUUUAUAGUUGGUUAAACUCCACAAAUAAUCAACAUCUUGAGGUGAAUGCAAGAGUGUGUUUGUGUGAAUGAAGGAGGCCUCCGUGAAUGUUUUGUGUGAGAGUAUGAAUGUGUGGGAACUUGAAAAACCUCAAAAUGAUAAAGUUCUGUCUUAUCCAUUUAUAAGCUCGGGCUAAGGUUAAAAAGUUAACAAAUUUACAUUUUUGUCCUUUAUCGUUAAGUUGGAAAUCUCCACAAACUUAGUUUUGCACUGUAUUGAACUUCUGUUGUUAGUAUAAUGAGAAGUUCAAGGGCGAGUAUUCUUUGGCCAGAGAGCUCGAGGGGAAUGCUCGGGGCUUGAACCCCCCAUAACAGUUCCCUAGCCCAAGUCGAGAGGGAGGCGAGGUAAGGGCUAGGCGAGGUACUGAAAAGUCCUCCAACAGUGGAGGUACCCACCAUACAACCUUAAGUUGGAGUAGACAAGCAAGUGAACGGUCUCAUGACCUGGCUAGGACUAGCUUAGCUGGUAGAGCGGGAGACACUGGUCCUCAGGGCAGAGGCAACCGACAUCCUCGGGGUGGAGGCAACCCUUAUUGCCUUUGGGUUGAGCUGCCCAAAAAGCUCAGGUAAACUUUAUUUUGGAGGUUUCUCUUUUUAUAAUUUUUAUAUAGGGCUUAACAUAUUAUUUUAUUAAUAUCAUCUAUUUCAAAGUUACUUAUUCUCUCUUAAAAGUUCAACAAAAAUUCUUUUAUCUCCUUCCUUAUUACAAAUUAACGUUUUAUCCCAUGUUUAGCUUGAAGCUCUUUAUUGCUGAAAUCCCUCUAAAUUACAAAUAAUUUAUAUAAUCAGUUCUAUCUUUAUUAAAAUAAAAGGAAGAUAUGUUAGGAGUGGGAAAUUGUGAAUUUUGUGUCUUGUUUAUAAUGUAUAUUAUCUUUUCAUGUAUCAUGCCUUAUUUGUGAUGUAUGUAAAACCUGUGUUCUUAUUGGUUGAUUUUUGGUGCAUUACCAUGUAUGGUUAUGUUUUCCUUUAUAGUCAUAAUUUACAUGCCCCACCUUAACUCUACCUUUUGUUCCAGAACCUUCUCUACCCUACCAUAUAUAAGGCUGAGGCCAUUUUAUGUUGGAGCUUUUUUGCUUACAAUCUUUUGCCUGUUCAGUUCAGUUCCUCUUCAAUAAAGCCUUCUAGCCUUUUCACCCACAAA